AUGGAUUCGGGGACACUCGCGCGACAUCAGGUCGAAUUUGACCUGUUGACGGGCAAACAGAAGAAGCUGGUAGCAUGCAGUACUCUCGAAGCGGCCAAGUCUCUAUUCGAGAUUAGAAAGCACAAGAAUAAAUCGAAACGACUAACUCACAAAAUCACGAUAUCUUCGCAAGAAGCACGCAGUGCUUAUCUGUGGUUGGAGAGAGCAUCUCCGCUGAACGAGACGCAGUCUGAUUCUGAAGAACAGAGUGAAGGUUCGCACUAUGAGUACCACGAGGGAUUGGACUCAUCGGAGGACGCGCAGAGUGACAUACCAGCAAUACACGAUGUGUCGAACGAAACAACUGGUAUGGAGCAUGAAGAGGCGCUGAUCACUGGAGCCCGAAAUGAGAGCCAGGAACUACACGCGGACACAGCACUCAGGCUAAACCCCUUCCGAGACGAUGAUACUCUAGGAUCGAUUCCAUCAAUGGUUGGCCAGUGCUGCACGCGGUCACGAAGGAAAUUUUGUUCCCGGUACAACUCCGUCUUUGUAUUCUUUUAG